AUGUCAGCCCUCUUCUUUGUCUUGCUACUGGCCAUAUCCUUCCAUGUGACGGACGGGACGAUCCUGGACAGACACGAGAUUGACCACGGCAAUGAUCAUUCGCACCUCUUGCACUGGCUCGAGACGACGGACGCAGAGCUUUCAUUCAUCGGCGACUCCAUAUCUGGCCUCAAAGCGCCCGCAGAUAUCCUUCCUCGCGUGGCUCAGGCUACCGGCUUCGUGACCUACUGCAAUGUUCGCACCACCGACAACAAAUGCGGCGGAACCUGCACGGUCUACGCAGGCGGGCCUGCUUGUGUUUCUGCACCUCAUACGGCAUGCUACCACGUAUCUUCGAAUUUUCAGAACACCGUCUCUGCAUGCGGUGGACCAGGAUGUACGGGAGGCUGCUCUGGGUACUCGCAAUGCGCCACACGACUGAGCGAUGGGUUCUGCUACGCUCCGGGGACACAAUCAAUUCUCGUUACAGUUCAGUGACACGGUUACAGACACGUAGUACACUUGUUAAACGUCGACAUACAUGGAGCAUGAGCAUAACAAGGAAAAGGGAAAGCAAAGACGAAGAGGAAAAUCGAUAAACGACGACAUUGAAACCCCCUCAGAUCGAAGAAAACAUAUCCAUGUGCGGCAUCUGCGUCGACGGCAUGUCGAAUCGCAUCCCCUGCAAGAUGUCGAACGCGUUCAUCUGCAACAGCGAGUUGUCCAACCGCGCGUCAUCCAUCUCCACGCCGUACCCGAGGUCCAUGUUCUGCCCGUUAAAGACUGCAGAGAUGUCCUCCGGCGUGUACUGCGGGAUCGACGCCGGGAAGAACUGCGACAAAUCCGCGCCGGCGUUGCGACUCUGAGGCUGUGCGGGAUUGUUGAACGCGCGCGACUGCAGCUGCUGCACGUAAGGAUCCAUGUUCAGGAAGUUCAUGUCGUCGCGGACGGCGGACUCGGGGAUGCCGAAGGUGGGCGGC